UGUCAUUUUGUUGUCACAAAAAAGAUAAGAAUAAUAAACUAUCUCAAAAUAUCUUUUUACGUUUUCGUCUAAUUUUUAUCUACGUGUUAAUUUGUUACGUGCGUUUUAUAUCAGUCUCAGUGCCGGCAUUGUGCUUUACAAUUCCCGUAGCUUAAACUAGCUUUAAAUAUAAUGGAAAAUUCUUUUCGUUCUCUUCGUAUUUUAAACCGGCUUUUAAGAAAGCCUGUUAGUAUAGCUAAUUAUAAGUAUGCAUCAACUGCUCCUGUGAAAGAGGAACUUAAUUCUGAGCUUCUGACAUCAUUCAAUCAAGAUAUAAAAGCGGGUGGUGUUGUACCAGUAUUUAGAAGAGCCUUAUUAUUCCCAAGUCGUGUAGCCUUACAAGAUGACAUUGGUAUCUACACAUAUGCAGGUCUGCAUCAAGCAGCGUCAGCACUUAGUGAUGAGAUUGCUGCACAACUUUUGGGUGAAACGCAACGAACAAUCGCAUACAUGUGCAGUAACAACGCCUCGCACGUCAUCACGCAGUGGGCUAUAUGGAUGACAGGGAACAUUGCUAUCCCACUUUCUUCACUUCAUCCUCCGGAUAUGAUCAAAUAUUUCCUAACAGACAGUACGGCUAGCUUAGUUAUAUGUACACAGGAAUACGAGAAACUGUUACGUCCGAUAACAUUAGAAGUUUCAACACCUCUACUAAUCGCUGGUAGAGAGAAAGAAGUAACCGCACAAUUAUAUCAACCUAAUACAUCAUUUAUGAAACCAAAGAUGGAAGAAACUUUAAGUGAUAUUGGUAAAUCAAAUAUCUGGUAUGGGGAAAAUGAUGCCAUGUUAAUAUAUACUAGUGGUACAACAAGCAAGCCAAAAGGCGUUGUAUGGACACAUAAUAUGCUCAGUACACAAAUAGCAGCAUUGCACACCGCGUGGCAGUACUCAGCUAAUGAUGUUGUACUGCAUACACUUCCCUUACAUCAUAUACAUGGACAAUUGAAUUCCUUGAACGCCUCGUUAGCAGCUGGAGCACGCAUACGUAUGUUAUCGUCGUUCGUAUCACAUGUUGUGUGGUCUCGCUUACUCGGUAUGGGAGAGAGAGAGGAAAUAUCAUUGGAUAAACUAGGUCUAUCAGGCUCUAAGGAAUUCUUCACGGACAGCGAAGGCAGUGAGUGGAAACCCACAGUUACAUUACAUGAGAGAAAUCAAGAUGAUGAAUAUGAAGGCGAAUUAUUACUUAAAGGACCUGCUGUUUUCACCAGAUAUUGGAACAGAUUACCUCAAUUGAACGCUUCAGAUUUCACAAGCGACGGUUGGUUUAGAACUGGUGAUACAGCGUCAUACUCUGCAGCUCGCUUUAGGAUUCUUGGCCGUACUUCUGUAGAUAUAAUAAAGACCAGUGGGUACAAAGUUAGCGCUUUGCAAGUGGAAUCUGCAGUAUUGGAACAUCCUGAUGUUGUAGAUGUAGCGGUGUUGGGGGUACAAGAUGAAGCCUAUGGAGAAAUAAUAACCGCAGUAAUAGUGACCAAAGAUAAAGUGAAGCUAACAUUAAAAGAUAUAAAAGAUGUUGCCGGUAAAAAGUUACCUCCAUAUUCUUUGCCAAGGAAACUGUUGCUUGUUGACCAAAUGCCGAGAAAUGCUAUGGGCAAAUUAGACAAGAAGGAAAUAAGAAAAGUAUUCGCGGAUAAACUUAAAAGUGAUGGUAAAUAAGUUUUAUAACAAUACAGAUGAAUAUGAACCUGUGAGUUCCUGUAAUGUAUAUACUAUAGUAAGUUAUUUGUAUUUAAAAACAAAACAAUAACCGGGAAACAUGUUUCUCGUAAUUUCUGGAUUAUAUUGCUAUUAAAAUAUUGUAAUUAUUGUAUAUCAAAUGCAUUUA